ACUGGUCUUGAGGCACACGCGCGCCCUAGGUCCGCUACGCCAAGCAACGCCGGCCCUUCGCGGCCAGGAGCCCUCAGGAGCUCAAUACCAACACCGAAACACCUGCGAGGGCAGAGCGGCGGCGUUCGCACAAGGGGUACGGCGGAUCAAAGAGAUGGAAAUCGUGCCUGAGGGGAAAAAUUUUCGAUUGGUAACAAAAGACGAGCUCCCAGCUGUGGCAGAUAUUUUAGUUCAGUAUUUGCCUGAAUCUCUUAAGUUUCAUCAGACGAUUCAAACAUAUCUAAACAAUAAGGUUUGGGACUUCCACUUUUAUGUGGCGAAAAAUUGGCCAGAGGAUCCGAUUUGCUUACACUUUCCCGGCUGUACCAGUACGCCAAAUAGCCACCCCUAUGAAAGUGUAACGAUAUUCUGUCCAUCGGAGCGUGCUGAACUGGUGGACUUGGUCACCAGCGAAGACAUCUUACUGGACCUCACGAAACCCUUGUACCUGAACUUCACUCACGAAGCUAUCGUGAAUCGCUUCGAGAAACGAUAUGAGGCUCAAGAUAAGAUUACUGGAGAUGUCUAUGUCUGUGAUAACCCUCCGACGGAUUGUAAUGAACAACUGCCACAGGACGUGGAGUUAGUUCGCCUUGAGCCAGAACACAUGCAAGCAGUGCACGAUCUCUACCCAGCGAGUGACAUUGAAUGCCGCGAAGUCUUCGAGAAGCUUGUCGCUGAAUUACCCGCCUAUGGAAUCUUCGUCGAGGGACAAUUGGCCGCUUGGAUGGUCCAAUCUUACUAUGGUGCCAUGUUCUCCAUGCAGACACGCCCAGAGUUCCGCCGAAAAGGCUACGGAAUCUACUUAGCUCGGCGUCUCACCAAAGAAGUAGCGGCUCGCGGCUACAAACCCUUCGUCGUGAUUCGUCCGGAAAACGACGCCUCUCGCUCGCUCUACUCUAAGCUUGGCUUCGAGAAACGUUUCCGAACGGUCCGCGCCGUUUUACGUCCGCGCUAAACGUUAAUAUUGAUAGCAGAUUUUAUUUUUUUAAGACUUUUGAAUAAAUAGCUUGCGAUCUUUGAUCGUUAGAAAAUUUAGUAGUAGCUUUAAGAUGUGGGCGACUGUUGCUGUCGCACUAUCUCGUUUGGUUAGUACAACGAAUUAUUCAUGUACGAAAGCAGUAGUCGCUCGUUGCGUUUUAGCGUGAGCCAAACGGCACUAGCAUGUCAAAAACCAAAAAAACAUUUUUUUUUAAUUGAUCGGCGUUCUGCGUUCUCAAAAUUACCUAAGUACUGCCAGUUAAGACUUUUGAAUUUUUGACAUGUUAGGAACUCAUAUAGUUGAAGCUUAUUCCCACUCGUUGAUCGAGCGGUGCUACUUUAUCUCAUGGUAGUGAUGGAAGAUUUGGACCAUUUAUUGUGUGUGACUUACAAUUUGCGAUUGUAUUGCGACUUCUAUAAUAAAAAGUACAAUGUGACGACCGCUUACCGACAGAAACCAUAGUAAAAAUAAAGUGGGAACAUUGCAUAGUUUAUAGUACUUGAAAGUUGGCUAUGGAUAUAAAAAAAUAUAUUUAAAAGUCGCAAUACCACCUCAUUACAGACUAGAUUUAGGUAGGCAUGAGAAUUGUAGUAACCGUAACACUCGAGAUGCACAAUUGUUCCAAUACAUUAAAAUAUGCACCACCACAUUGUUAUUUUCAAUAUAAUAUUAUAAAGCAUUAAUAUCUCAGGGCUCGAUAGAUUUGUGACAAAGUGUAAUCUGGAUUUGGUAAUCUGUGUCUAUUUUGACUGUAGGGAUCGAUAGUUUUUGAUAGAAUUAUAAAUGGAAAGUAAUAAUUUAUUUAAGUACCUAUUGUAUUUAUUGCAUUGCAUUUAUAAAUGUUUAAAUGUAGGACUUAUAUUAUUUAAUGACACGACAAAAUGGAAUUUUGUCGACUGAACUUUUUUUAUUUAUUUUGUAGCUUACCGCGAUUUCUACAAACUAAAACUUUGUUACCUUAUAAUAUAAAUUAUCAAAAAUAUUUGAUACAAAAUAUAGAUAGGUAGGGAUUUUAAUAUGAAAAACCAACUUUUUUACUGUAGGCUUCAUAAAUUUUCUACGACAUAAAUUGCGAGAUUAGACAUAUUAAAUGUAAAACUGUUAGAUUUAUAAUUGCAAAUAUAAUUUAGAAAUUUCGCUUGUUAAAUGUAUUCAAUAUUGGUAUUUACCUACUAAGUUAACUUAUUUUAAGCUUCUCUGAUUUAAAUGUAUUAGAAUCGGAAAUGGUCUUGAAAGUGAUGUGUUGAAUGAGAAAAGAUAGUUGUUACCUUAUUAAUCUAACAUUAUAUUCCAACUUCCUAACACUAGAACACUGGCACAGCACUUCAUUAAAGCUAAAAGCGAAAAAUCAAUGCUUUAACGAGCUAGAUAUUUGCUCAAUUCCCAGAACUUCCAUUGUAUUUAUUAAUUUAUUUGACGAAAUAUUAGCCAUUUUCAUUUUUGGCGGUAAUUUAUCGCGUCAUUUUUAAAAGUUGCCAGGCGUAAAUAUAUUAUUGGUCUCGAUUCGAUUUUACUAUGAUAUUUAAUUAUUAUUAUAUUUAACACUAAAUGCCUAAAACACGAAAAAUGAUAUCUGUGUAUCGUGUAACUAUCAUUUAUAGAUAAUUAUUGUAAUUAACCUCCUUACUUAUAAAAAAACGCGCCUUUGCUUACCUUACUGGUUUUGACGUUUGAGGUAAUGUAAUGUCACGGGCCUUUAUAACAUCCGUGUUUGUCAAAUUUAAUAACCCCAGUUCAGAGAAAUUUCUCUAAGUAAGGGGGUAACAUAAUUAAUGACUAGUUUUAAGUUAUGUACCCAUUACAUUUAUUCGCAGUCAUCAACAUGCAAUCAUGCUGAAGCUUAUAAAUUCCUACUCGCAGUUACAUAGUAGGACAAAUUUCUUCAAAUAAAUAUUGUAGUAUACCUUUUCUGAAUUUUUUCUCUAGCUCUUCUCUAAAACAGAAAUGCAAAGGACAUAUUUCCGUCCUUAACAGUUGAUGUCUACGGAAUAAUGCAUUAAAAUGUUACGUUAUACAUUUUUCGCGCUACAGAUGUAGUGUCGAUGAUAAUAAAUUGCAUACCUUGCAAAGGUAAUUCCAAAAAUAAAGAAAUUAACUUCAAUCGUC